UUCAAAAACAGAAAAAGGGGGCGAGGUGUUUGUUAAAAAAAAUACCCUUGCAUCUGCGCUCAAGGCUCUCUAUGCAUGGGGGGUCGUUUGAAACCAAGGUUUACACUAUCUGGCAAAACAGAGGCCUAAAAGUCAUUCAGCCCAGCGCUGUCGAGACCUCCCCACCCCUAGCAUCUAGAUGCUAGCCCCCGGAGAUUUUAGAAUAUCAAAAGAUACCUAAUGUUUAGACACCACCCAAUACCCUAUGUUUGAACCAAAUGGCGGGUGUUUGAACCACAUGCCUUAGGCUUCAAAGAUAACUUUGAUGCGGUUUUAGCGCGAAAAAAUACGACACCACGCGAGUCAUACGGCUACAAAAGCUAAGCAAAACAGGUCCCCCCUGUUAGCUUCGUUUUCGCGCAUUUACCCUACAGCAUUCCCCCAGGAAUAGUUAUCGGACGGACCCCGUUAAAAAAGAUCAUCUGGUAAAAACCCUCCUCAUGGAUAUUUCUCAAGAUUCUCAAACCUUCACUCAGAUUCUCCGAGAUAUAACUGAACUCGAACCGGCCGUAGGGUCUCCGGAACAAAUUGCUUACAUCCCAACGCCGACCCUGAAUUGUACGGAAAUACAUCCUAGAACGGGUGCCAUAGGGAGUCUACACGGUUUCUGUGAAGGAUAUGCAUACGAGACAAUUGUGCCCUACUCCCAGGAUGUAUUUACACACAAGCCGCAAACAGAGCCUUUAAACGGCCUGUCAACUCCCCUGACCCAGGACCGUUGGACGCCCCCUAUUAAACACCAACGGACAAUCAGGGCCCAGAUCCACAGGUCCGCUUCACCCGAACAAUGCUACUGGGAGGGUAUUCACGAGACAGCGUUACAAGGACAAGGCUCACAAGCUACAGACCAGGCAGAUGCUAUAAUUAGGGUUGCCCAAAGACAUGUUCCCGAGUUCUCAGAGCUUCUUCAGAACAGCCCUCUUCAAAAAAGCCGAGACUCCUCGCCGGCUUAUAAAGACCUCCAAGAAGCUACACAUCUAGAUCCCGAGGAGGCGCCAAAGACCCCAGUCACCAGAACAGCGAAGCCUGAUGAUUUCAAAGUUUUAAAUGACAUUUCUGAGGUAGACGAUUUGAUGUUCUGUGAAGUGGCCAACCUUAUUGAAGCGGCCAAUUCUGGUGGGGCAAAAGCCUCUUGUGAAAUAGACCAAGCCGUGCUUUUCAAGGCUUUUACACAGGGUUUAAAAUCACGAAAGGCUUUACUUCAACGUCGUAUGGGUAUUCUAUUCGAACAUCAAUACAAUCAGGAUGUGUCAUUCUGGCGUAGAGAGCUUCCCCGCAUGUUAAACAACAGUAGGGUUAAAACAAGCAAAUACCUCCGUUAAAAAACACAUAUGUAAAAAAACACAAGCACACACAUCCUUAAGUAGAGAAAUGGCGCCCCCUAUAGACCUAAGCGAGACAAUUGAAACCCUCUUAGCGGAAAUCCCUACAGAGCUCCAAGAUAUAAUUAACCAUAUGAAUGAUUCUGGGCUAAUUGACAUAGGGGCUAUAGAUGAAAACCUAUUAUCCCAGAUUCCCUCCGAACUCAUUGAAAUUAUUACACGUAUGAAUGAGUCAGGGUCUGCAGAUGAAAAGAUACCCGAUACCCGAAUC